UAGUUAGUUGUCACGUGGCCGGGGUCAGCCCCCUUCGGUUGUCCUGGCAACGGCGAAGACACUCACGAGGGAUGCAAAGAACCGCGCGCCACUUCACGCUCUCAUCCCUUGUUUGAUAACGGGCGGCGCCAUGAUGCCUCAGGAAACACGGUAAAGUUUACGUUGAACUGGAAAAUACAGAAAAACGUCGACUUAAAAGGUUAACCUGACAUUCAAAUUCACAUAUAAACUCUAUAAUAAUUUUGAUAUUUUGUAAUUUCAUCAUUUUUCUAUUUUAGUCCUUUAUUGAAUCGACAACACAUGACUUUUCACUCAUCACGGGAAACCUUUGACCUGCCUUAAUGUGUAGUAAGUAAACUUUAUUUGUAUAGCACGUUUCACAGACAAAAGAGUCACAAAGUGCUUCACAUAGACUAAAAUAAAAAGAUGUACAAUAAAUUAAAAGACCAAGACAACAACAUUUAAACAACCAUAUCAGCCCCCAAAAACAAUUAAACAAAUGCCUGAGCAAAUAAAUCAGUUUUGAGUUGGUUUUUAAAGGAGUCAACAGAAUCAAUUAAGCGCAGAGAGAGAGAGAAAGGUCAUUAAAAUUAACAUUUGCAAUAAGAGAAAUAUAAAAAAGCAAUUAAUGAAAGCCUGGCUAAAAAGGUGAGUCUUGAGUCUAUUGUAAAAGAAAUUAUGUUACCAGUACGUGUUAUAUAAACAAAACAACAGUUUGCUUUGUACAGAAUAUUUUGUGCAUGAUUUUGUUUUUUACUUUUGGAUAGGCACAUGUUUUUUUUCUUUGCUGGUGGGACUUUCCAGUAUAAAAAAACACACUAUAACCUUCAUUUGUGUCGCCCCACCCCUUGUCCCCCAGCAAGGAUCUGUGAUUGGUUGAAGUCACGUCAGUCAAGCUUUUCAUCAAGUGUGGUUGCGGUGUGUGGGUUGUUGAUGUCGCUGUCAGAAGUCACUGUCCACAGAGGGAAGAGCUAGCAGGUAAGGAUGACUCUUUACUGCUUUUAUACGAGUUAAUGCGAUUAGCUAUACAAGAGAAGGAGCUACCGCUACUAUAGACAGAAGGCUUAGUAUUUAAACGAUAAAAUAAACGCAUUUUGUCGUCGGUGUGGUUUGCCCCGAGCUCGACACGAUGGUGUCAAGUCACGGAUUGAGAGUGAAACUCGUGAGCGAAAUGAAUGGAGCCGCUUGUUUAUCAGUUUGAAGGAGGAUAAGAGUCGUUUCAGCUGAAAAUUACAAGGUCUGUGAGUGUUGUAGGAUAUAGAAAGUUAACAUAAGAGUGAUGUGGCAGCUCUAAGGUCACAACUGUUGUAUAAUAUGUUAUAAUGACAGUGAAUUACUCUAAUAAUAUCAGCACUCAUAUACUGGAGGCUAACAUGGUGAAUAUCAGGGAGACUUUACCUGUUGCUAUUCUGUAGGAGUUACAUCCUGUCCGGGAGAUGUCAUAAAUCAUUCAUUAAUGUUGAAAGCAAUCCUACAGGCUUCCAAACAGAGCAGCCACAGACAGGCAGUGCUGAACAUUUCUACAGAAGUUUGAGGUCUAUGGAAGCCCAAAGCAGACAUGCAGACAUGUGUUUACUCACUCUUUUUUUUCUUCACAACUUAAUUUUUCCAGUUGUUUCCUCAAGAGCUCAGUUGAACAUUAGAUGAUGUGACCUUGUAUUCUCAGAUCUGCAAAAAACAAAUUAUGUAGGAAUAAACUUUGGAGAUACCAACUUUAGUAACGACCACAGGAUAGCAAUACACAGCGGUCUGAGGAGCCACACACAAACCAUGCCACUCUGUAGCCACAAAUAAUGCUCAGAACAGCACCUAACUUCAUCAACAGGACAUAUAGGGUCACAGACAUAGUACUAUAUUCAGAGUUGUUCUAACUCCUAAGAAAACAAACUUAAGCGGGGGCGUUUCUUCACUUCUGUAGUCUAUAAGCUGGGCCAAUAAACUUCUACUGUAGUAAAAUAAAAAGGUAAAGGUGUUUUUAUUGAGCCGAAUUAUCAAUAAAAUCAUGAUUUUGUUAACAGGUAUGAAUUUAUGUGCUGUCGAGUUAAUAUAUUUGAACAAGAGCACAGUAAAGUUAAAUCAGCUAAUUUUCCAAUGAGGUUCUGUUACUGAACGGAACUACACCAUGAUCUACUGAGGUUAGUACAUAUAGGGUCACAGCCAUAAUACUAGACACCAAACAUCUUUUUAACUUUGACUCAUUUCUUUAGCAAAGAGACUAACAAAACUCACCUACUCUCUUCCAGCAGCCGCUUGUUUGAAGCGAGACCUAGUGGGCCAGUCCAUUACAGACUGCUGGGGGCAGGAUUGUGUAUCGUUUGAUUUUGAACGAUUCCGAUUCCUCCGGCGAAGUCAGUUGAAGCGCAUCAAAGACGAGCACUCGGGUAUUUCUCCUCCAUGAAUCCUGAGGUGUUUAAUAAUGUUGGUCAUUCACCUUCCUUUGCAUUAUAUAACUGUGUUGCUAAUGUUGCACUGAGAUAAGAGUUCAUUCUUCCUGCUAAAGUAAGCGUUUUGGCGGCUUCUUCUUCGUUGGUUUUCGGCAGCUAUUUCUCCCGGUCGGCGGACUCCAGCAUCGAAACUUGGAAUUGAAAUUUUAAAAUUUGAACAGUUCUAUGAGAAUCGAAAUGUUAGUCCCGGUCCCCAUCGAUGCUCAACACUGGAUGCCCAACCCUCGCUGCGGGUUGACGCAGCUCAAGGAAGAACAUUUAUGAUCAUUUCUUUAUUGAAGUAAUCAUCACCAUAUUAAUCAUUUUACAGACGCGGUAGUUCUUUUGCCUUAGCGUCUCGGUCUGAUUGUAUUUCCAUGAAGAAAUGAUCAUAAAUGUUCUUCCUUGAGCUGCGGCACCCCGCUGUAGUCCCGAAUGGACUGGUCUGAGGUCUGACUACAAACAAGCGGCUGCUGGAAGAGAGUAGGUGAGUUGUGUUUAGUCUCUUUGCUAAAGAAAUGAGUCAAAGUUAAAAAGAUGUUUGGUGUCUAGUACUAUGUCUGUGACCCUAUAUGUCCUGUUGAUGAAGUUAGGUGCUGUUCUGAGCAUUAUUUGUGGCUAUAGAGUGGCGUUUUGGUUGAGGGCGUGGCUCUCUGUAUUACUAUCCUGCGGUCGUUACUAAAGUUGGUAUAACUAGAGAAUCAAGCGGUCGACAACAUUCAUCUCUGGAGGGGGGGUCUAACUUGGUGUUACAGUGGGUUUGACCCUAAAUUAAUUUUACACCAGAAUAUCCCUUUAAUUUAUCCAGUUGUUUCCUCAAGAGCUCAGUUAAACAUCAGAUGAUGUGAACGUGUCCUCAGAGCUGCAAAACCAAAAUACGUAGGAGUAACCUUCAGAGAUGGCACGUCCUGACCGGGCCUGUUGUUUAGUUUUCUAGACCGAUGGAAAAUUAUCACGAGAUCAUUUGACGAAAUAAUCAAAGUAGGUCGAGGGUUCAAGAAGACAACUGGAAAAUACUUAUCAUAUAAAAACUGUACAAACGAGAAGUAUGGAUGCACAUUGUCCAGGCCCUCCUCAAGCUCUCUUUUCAUUGUUUCAGGUGGUCACGAUGCAGUUCCUGGGCAGACUGUUGGACACUGUGUCCUCUGUGUCAACCCUCUUCACCAACCCCUACAGGGUCCGGGAUGUACCGCUGGCUGAUUACAGUGGAGGAGGCAAAGUCCUGUUGAAAGAGGAGGGACGCAUAGUCCUGUACAAAAACACCCAGUGUCAGUCAUGGGACUGUCUGCUCAUGUGUCCUGAGACUCCUACUGUGACCCUGAGGUCAGACAAAAACUCCUGUUAUUGUGUAAUACUGAAACUUACAGAAAGAACACAAUCACACAUAUUUGCACGUAGACAUUUUAGGGAAGAGAUGCAAGUGUGAUGAGUUUAUCUUAAUUCUUACAGAAGUACAUGUUGUUUGCAGGUUAUUGUGAAGUGUAUCCCAUAAAAAUAAAGAAAGUUAAAACACUCCUGCAGACAAAUAAAGUCCAGAUAUUGACCUCCAAAGUUCUUGCCAUGUCUGUAUGUAACAUAAACACGAGUGCCUGUGACUUUCAGUAACUGAUCGUUGUUUCUGCUGAAAUUAAACUGUGUGCUCAUUUCACCGUCCAAACCAGGCUCUUUCAGGUGGGGUCAGAGGAAGACGCCAUGAACUGGUUCCCACAGUAUGCCCUCAAGCUUCGGCCCUUCUAUGAGACACUUACUCUAAAGGCGGAAACCAUGCAGCCAAUCGUGGACUGUAUUCGCAGCCACCCAGACUGGAGCUCCGCCCACAUUGCCGUGGAGACAGGGUUAAGAGAAUGCCUCAAACAUAACUAUGUGCAGAGGUAUUAUUUCUAUAAGUAUUAUUUCUAUUUAUGUCUGCAGUUGUUUUACUUCCUGAAAGAUUUUAUUAAUCAAGGAUAAAUUAGAGGAAAUCACUCAAAGACGAAGAAGAAUCGCAGUUUUAGUUUCUGGCUCCAGGCAGAGAUUAGUGCGCUGGGAUAAAGCUGAAUGAAGGGUGGAUUAUUGUAUGUAAGCCGCUUCUGCAGAGGCAUUAAUUAUGAGGCAUUCAGAGUGAGUGACAGUUUAAUGUACACACUGAGAGAAAACACACUUUAAUUAGCACACAACAGAGGUCUAAAACCUCCUGUUUGGUUCGAGGGUUUGAUUCUACUAAUGCUAAUCGGUGUCAUUAAUCGAUCCAUUUUCCAUUCAGCAUUUAGUUUCAUUGAUCUGAGUGCUACAUGAGAAUCAGUGUGUGUUUCCUUUUACAGCUGAUUGAUCAACAGACUGAUUUUUCAUUGUUUAGAGGCUGUUUUUGAGGGUUAGACGCCCAAUAUGUGAGUCCUCCAUUGAUGCAGUUAAAAAAGUUCAUCCUCUGACGUUUUAGGAAAAACACAUGAAGUGAAAUUUAAUAUUUUUUUUCACUGGAGAAGCUUGUGGUUUGCAGCCAAGUCUGAGAUCUUGGAAAGUGGAGUUACUCAGUGAGCUAACGACAAAAAGAUGGUGUGUUCAUUGUCCCUGCUUGAACCCCAUUUCAUCAAAACAACCAGAGAGAGAGAACCAGCGGUGUUCCUGUUCAUUUAUGUAUCCCAAGUGACUCUCUGGCCUUUUCAAGUUCACUUUUAUCCUGCGGUGAUUUGAGUGAAAAUCAAUCGGUGCCUCAAAGGAACCGAAACAAUAAAAUCAGGCAGUAAAAUCGUCUAAAUGAGGUUAAACCUGUGAGGUGACUUUAUCUCUAUGUCUCCAGUCAGAUUAAUGCUCGGGAUGCUUCAGGUCAGACGCCGCUGCACCUGGCGUGUGAACGCGGCGACACUGCGUGUGUGACGGAGCUGCUGGACGAAAGCCAGGCUCGCACAGACAUCAGAAACCGCAACGGGGAGACGCCGAUGCACUGUGCUGCCAAGCAGGACUCGUCCACCAUCAUCCAGGUGAGACUCAGCCGGAGGGAGGUCAAAGAAAUACUUCGUCUCAUCAGAUGUUGACCACGCCGUCCUCUCAUCAUUCAGGUCCUGUGCUCUCGCCUCUGCCCGGGUGUUAAUGAGCUGAAUAACAACGGGGAGACGCCGCUUCACGUGGCCUGCCGUCUGGGACGUGUGGAGUCUGUGAAAGCUCUGUUAGGGGGUGGGGCCAAGUGUGACGUCAUGGGUGGCGUUGGCUACCCCAUCCACAGUGCCAUGAAGUACAGCGAGAAGGGGUGAGUCAGAGGAGAGACACGGGGAAGUUUGGCAGAAAAGGAUGGUCGUUUUUUUUAGAUGGUUCAAGGUCAAGUCCUUUCGGUCCCUCAAACUCAAACUAAAAACUAAUAAAAGAAACUUAAAAUCGACUCUUAAAGACACAGGUAGCCACUUUCAGCCUAUUUCACAAACACAGAAAAAUUCCUUACUGGAGUUUUAAGUCCAUAUAUGUCUCAUUAAAAAUCUGUUUUCUUCUGUUUUUGUGUGUCAGCUGUGUGGAGGAGAUCCUCAAAGCAGACAGGAACCAGCUCCAGGCUGAGGACUCUCUGUACGGGGGGACGCCUCUCCACUGGUCCAAAACAGCAGAGGUGGGAGAUGUUACACUGAUUCAUAAGCUAAAUUUUUGUUGCUAAAAGAAUUUUGUCUCAGAGACGAAGACGGUCAUGUCAGGAGCUCGAUGUUUGAAGGCAGAUGUUCAGUUCAGUCCUCCAUCUCUCUUCGCCAGAUGUGCCGCGUGCUGCUCGAUCACGGCUGUGCGGUGAACUACCUCAGUAAGACCGGAGAGAGCGCCCUCCAUAUUCUGACCAAGAGGGGGCGCUUCGAGGCGGCCAUGGUGCUGCUCACUCAUGGAGCCAAUGCUAACCUAAAGGGCCACGAUGGAAACACCGCCCUCCACCUGGCUAUGAAGGUAUGUGAACAAAACAAAGAAGAAGAACAAACUUUGAUCGUUGUGUCCGUACAGUUUAACUUUGAUUCUUCUCUCACCAGCUGGACCACAUAGAGUUGAUCAAAGCUCUGAUCGUGUUUGGAGCUGACGUGGAGAUCCAUAACGACCUGGGAGAAACACCGGGGCUCAUCGCUGCUCGCACCAGUAAAGGUAAGAGAGACAGAAGAAUGAGCUUCAAACAAAAGAGAGGAGGAAAACAGAGCGAUGGGAGGUCUGAAACAAGAAAAACAAGAAUCCAGUGAUUCACGGCGUCUGAGUGGGACUCAAACUAAACUACGUAUGUGUGACCUAACCGGCCAGUGUUACUUCAACUCAUCUGAAUGCAUGUGAAUUACAUUAACUGUGGUUAAUGGUUGGGCAUGGAAUAAGAGAAAAUCACAGACUAAUAAUAUUUCUGUCUCAAUACUUUGAUUCUCGGUUUGAAAUGACUAAUACAGCGGUCGGUGUUUUGAAUGCUAAGAAGCAGCAUGGUUUGUCUGAAUACAACUUAAACUCUGGUCCCUGAUUCGCUGAAGUUGAGUCGCCGCUCUGGUAAACAUGUUUUCAGCAGACUCAUUACUACAGUGAUGGGGUAACUCGUGCCGGAGAAAUAAACAACAAUCAGGAUGACCUGAAGCUUCUCACUGAAUGAUGAGAUGAAACUUUACCGUUUUGAUCAUCCAACAGGUUAGACACAGUUUGUGGAUCGUGAAAGGUUUUGACUAAACUCACAGGUAGGAGUCGACCCAUGUUGAUUUGUCAGGGCCGAUACCAAUACCAAUUAUUAUUGUUUCAUGAGACUGAUGACAGAUAUUAGGCUGCUGCUCUUCACACAGACAUGAAGACCGACAGAUGAAACUCGGACCAGAAAAGGUCUUUUUUUAGCUUCAUAUCCCAUGGUGCUUCAGCGUUAAGUGGGCGUGACAGAGACCAGCACAGCGGGGAACAUGGUGAAGUGGGUUGAACUGAAACUUGUUGACUUAUUGUGUUUUUCACAAACUGGUUUAUUUACCGUUGAGGUGGACCACUCUCCUCCGUGCGUCCCUGAGCUGCUGCUUCAGAUCCGUCACUCUGCUGUGCUGUGAGGGAGUUAGUGGAUGAAGAUUGGCAUGAGGUCGCUGUAGCGCCAUCUACAGGAUAAGUCGGGGAACUUUUCAAAUGGCCGAACAUUUUCAAAGUGAAACUGAAUUGUAUUCUCCGCAUUUUAUUUCUGAAAAUAUCUGCGAAUUUUGGCCGAUUACCGUUCAUGUUUUCUAUGAUUGACACCUGAUACAGCCUGUGGGUGUACAGAGAUUAUGUAACUCACCCCGGGGGAGACGCUGUUUGAGCCGAGUGUCAUCACAGCGACUCUCCUGCGUACAAAGUUACUGCGCAAGUGGAGAAAAUCCCAGAAAUACAGAGAGAAAUUCAGCAUCAAAUUCAUUUAAUGGCGGAAGGCGGAGCCAAGUUGUCCACAGUAUGAUAAUAAUGAUAAUGAUAAUAACAAUAAAUAAUAAUAAAUUUUAUUUAUAAGGUGCUUUUACAGGGGCUCAAAGACGCCUUACAAAGAAAAAACAAACAAUAGACACAAUAUGAGAAGACAAUAAAAGAACAGUUCACAGGUUAAAGCUGAUUUACAAAGGUUUGUUUAUAUACAGUCUAAGAUUCUUAUCUGUUAAAAACAGAAUCUGUUAUUUUUUUUAUUAUGUUACUUCUGUUUGGUUUUCACCAUGAUGCUCUGAAACAGAAGAGGUGGUAAAAAGAAGUUGUUGCUAUUUAUCGAUUCUGCAUGAAGAUAAUUUCUAACAGCUCGAUCAUGUUCUCGCGCUCUCUCUCUCUCUCUCUCUGUCUCUCUGUCUCUCUCUCUCUCUGUCUUUUCUUCCUCACUGCUGUCUACGGUGUGUUUGCAUGUCUAACAUGAUGACUCGCAUGUGUGUGUGUUUGUGUGUGUGUGUGUUAACAUGAAAGGUCCCAAUAGAAAGAUACUCCUGGACAUGCUGUGUAGUGUAGGGGUCCAGCGCUGCCUCCCACCCUCUCCCGGCAGUCCUCCCCCAAUCUCCAACACGGCCAAGCCUGCAGGCAUAGGUAACACCUCCAUCCCUCCUCCUGCCCUCCUUAAACUCGGCUCCUCUCCUCUAUAUUUUAUUUAUUUUAUUCAUCCUAGUGUCGGAUAUAAAACACACAGCGAUGCUUUGGUCGCUGAGACUGUCAUCAAACCGAACUUUUACUCUAAUUAAACCUGUUUUUGAAUCUUAAAGGUACAGUGUGUGUUUUUAGUGGCACUGAGCUGGUAGAAAUGGAAUAUCAUUUAUCGCCCAGCUCUAUGACAAUCAGAAAGAUUUAUCUGUUCUGGUCUCAUUUCCAAAAGAUUAUCAGAACAUUUUGACGAAGAGAUCUUCCCUAAAUCCUGCCCAAGAGUUGCAUUUUGCUAUUUUUACAAACCUAUCUUUGUAGAAAACUCUCCCAGAUUUUCAGAUUUUUCAUCCUCAGACAGUGAAACUAUAAUCAGUGUAUAAACUCCUCCUUUUCGUUUCCUCCUCGGCUUGUAGAGAGCACACUUCUCCCUUGUCUCCCCCGUCCUUUUACACAUGAUUUUGGAGAUGCGUCCAUUAAACACCAGUAACUGUUCCUCUUGGCCAACAGGGUUCGAGGACGUCAUGUACAUGGGGGCUGCAAUCGGUGCAAUGAGCAGAGGCAGGUCUGAAGUGGACGGCAGCAAAAUGGGGAAGAAAAAGUACGAAAUGUUGUCGUAUUUAUGAAAAUAUCAAACUCCAACAGCUCCAGUAAACACGUCUCUGUAUCCUGUCCUCUGUAGGAUGGACAGACUGCUGUGUCUGGAUGGCGGAGGUAUAAAAGGCCUGGUGUUGAUCCAGCUGUUGAUCGCGCUGGAGAGAGAGGCUGGUCGACCCACUAGAGAGCUCUUUGACUGGGUCGCCGGCACCAGCACCGGUGGCAUCCUGGCCCUCGCUAUAAUCCAUGGUGCGUCUCUUUCUCUCCUCUUUUUUCUUGUUUUUUUAAAUCUAUAAUUUACAGAAAAAUAACGAUGAUUUUCCUCCACCUGAAGGGAAGUCCAUGGAGUACCUGCGCUGCCUGUACUUUAGGAUGAAGGAGCAGGUGUUCAAGGGGUCACGACCUUAUGAAUCCGCACCGCUUGAAGAUUUCCUAAAGAAAGAAUUUGGAGAAAACACAAAGAUGGCAGAUGUCCAGUAUCCCAGGUAAAUAUUUAUACUUAAAAACAAGGUGACAGAUGGGUAAAUUUCCUGCUUUGACCUGAUCCAGGAGUGAAAAACAUUCUGCAGGUUUCUCUUAUUCUCAUGAAGCACUGCUCACGUUUCAGUUCUCCACCUCUCUUCUUCCUCGUUCCUGUGCAGGGUGAUGGUGACCAGCGUUCUUGCAGACAGACAUCCAGGCGAGCUGCACAUCUUCAGGAACUAUGACCCUCCCUCCGUCCACAGAGAGCCCCCGUACGCCACCACUGCCACAUUCAAGCCCCUCACUGUCCCACAAGGUACAGUGUACAGUAUACUUUAUUCUACCACUAGGUGGCAGUAUUAUACAAUGUUAGGUGAAGCCCUGCAAGUGAAGCUCUGUGUGGCUGAAUUUGUUUGUCACGUCCAGUCCUGCCGUGUCGUCUGAGUGUCAGCCAUGUUGUUGUUGUUGUUGUUGUUGUUGCAGGAUGGGAGGAUGAGGAUGUGUUGAUAGUAGGAUACACAGAGGAGCCAGCCAGAAAGCGUAGGAAGGUGACAGAUGAAGGUGUGUGUGUCUGAGUGAGACCAUUUUGAAUGGAGCACAAACCUUUUCAUUCCAUCACUCACGUCACGAGUCACAGUUUUACGUGUUUGAAGGAACGGCUUGAUGGAGGUUCGGUGAGGAGAUGAUCACCAGUGGCGUCUGUUUCUGAGGGUUCAGCUUUCAAAGUGUUGUUGGCUUUUGCUCUGAACACGCUCAGUUUCGAGAUGCAUGCUACUCUUCACCUCAACAACAACAACAGCCUCAGCUUCUUUCAGCACGAAUGAGUGUGUCCGCUCUGUGAGCUCGAACCCCGACCCCGUUAGUCCGUCUCUACAACCUGCAGUCAGAAUUAACUGUUCCUCUUUCUCUCCCACAGAACAACUGGUGUGGCGAGCCGCCCGCUCCAGCGGUGCUGCCCCCACCUACUUUCGACCAAUGGGACGCUUUCUGGAUGGGGGUCUCCUGGCUAACAACCCGACGCUCGAUGCCAUGUCAGAAAUCCAUCAGUACAAUAAAGCCUUGAGAGCAGAGGUGAGGCUUCGUCUCAUCUGUUCUACCUUUGCCCAACUUUAGGUCUGCAUGGUCCCAAAAAGAUGUUUUUGUCUUUGGAUCAUAUUUUUAUUAAUCUCCACCUUUUACUCUUUUCAGGGCAAAGAGAGGGAGAUUAAGAAGUUGGGUGUUGUGGUCUCUCUGGGGACAGGUAAACCACAUCAUGGUGUCUGCACUUGACAAAUUCUGUAUUUACAGCCUCUCUGAAUUAUUCUGAAGACUUAUGUGGCGUUCAAACCAAGCGAAAGUAAAAUCCUCCACUCACUUAAUUCGCGCCCACGACUCGCUCUAUUCGCGACAAUCAUAUUACGCGUUAACAAAGUGCUUCAAAGUCGUGGAUAGUCGUUAAUGCUAACUUCAACAGUGAUCCCCGCCAAUUCAACUGGCGGGAUCAAACGAUAGAGAACGACAGUUUUUCACAAUUAAGCAGAUAAUCCGACCUCCUCACUCUCUUUCCUCCAGACGAGCUCCUUUUUAUUCCUGUUUUUUAUUUAAAAAGUCGUGGAUACGAGAGAGAGAGGGAGAGUCUCCGUCAAGCCUGGUCGGAGUGAACCACGUUCAGACCCACAACCGUCGGAAAUGUUGGCGUCCCCAUGUCAGGGUCUCCUCCAAUAGCUGUGCCCGGGUGACGGUCGUUUUUAGUGGUAUUUUCGGUUACCUGAACACAAUUGACGACCUGUUGGUGAGGGUCGGAGCCAGAAUAUCCUCAGGAUACUGAUUUCAGACACUCUAUCCCAGCUGCAGAGCGUCUGUCCGUCUGUCUACUGUGAGGAAAAGGAUUUAUGUUUCUAUUUUGACACCAGUCAACAUCUCCAGGUCCAUUUCCACACGUCACCUGGGAAUCUUCAUGCUGAUUGAUGAUCAUGAUGCGAAUAUACAUUUGAGUUGAGAUAUUUUCAACUCCCGUGAAUUUGUGUCAUUCACGCCGCCAGAGUAGUACAAGCGUCUAAUCACGUCUUUGCAUCGAUUUUACAUGUAAUUCAUUCACACCAAUGAUUUUACUCGUGCUUGUUCUGAACGUCCCAUUCAUCUCUGAACCUGAAUGUGGCGUAUAUCCAUUAAAUCCACCCAUGCACGAGCAUUUUGUGCACACACAUGAUGACAUACCUCUGACUGAAACUUCUUCUGAGAGGACACUUCCUCAUAUAAAAAUCUGUCUUAUGCUUUUAUUUUGAAAAAAAUCUGUCUUCAUCUUGGGUUCCUUCGUCUAUCACAUCACAAGACUGCUUUUAUUUUGAAGUUUACUACAUCUGGUAGAUUAUUAGUCGCAGACCUAAAUGAAAACAGACAGUUGAUCAGAUUUCUUCACGUUGUUUUUGGAUUCAGGAUAAAUCUUUGAAGGUCCGUUUUUUAAAAGUACAUAAUCAGGUCUGAGGGCUGCUACAGCGAGGUCUCUAGCAGCUGCUCCUCCUCCUUCUUCUUCUUCUUCUUCUUCUUCUUCUUCUUCUUCUUCUUCUUCUGUAUCUUUAGGAGGUGAGGCAUCAUUUUGAACGCCUCAUACUAACUCACACUAUAUUACGACUUGUAAUGUCCUCCUGUGUUUCUGCAGGUAAACCCCCUCAGGUGGUGGUGAGCUCUGUGGAUGUUUUUCGACCCUCCAACCCUCUGGAACUGGCCAAGUCGUUCGUCGGAGCUAAAGAGCUGGGCAAAAUGCUCGUGGACUGCGUGAGUAACAACAACACCAGAUCCAAAUUCAUUCCUGCAGUUUAAACUUUGUUUGGAGCUGCUUUUACCACUUUUUUUGGCGCCUUUCAGUAUCUCUGAUACACGGGAUAUAAAAAUAAUAAACAAAUGCAUCGAGAAAAUAUAAUCCUCUUGGUUUCUAGUUCUUAAACUCACUUUCUUUUUCUCUUUUCUGACGGGACAGUGUACGGACUCUGAUGGCUGUGCAGUGGACAGAGCCAGCGCCUGGUGUGAAAUGAUCGACACCAUCUAUUACAGGUCGGCAAACUACGACACAAACAUGUUAACAUGAGGAGGGAUGACAGCUUUGUCUGUCUGUGUGGGUGCAGGAGGAGGUUUCUGACAUCUUUGUUUGAGGGUCAAAACGACAGAAGAUGGAUGGAUAAUUCGUCUCUGAACUUGCUGCACUUUUUUAUUUUUAUUUACUUCUGUUUCUGCUAAAACCUCCUGAGUUUUUUUUUUUUAAAUCCAAGCGUCUCGGUCUCUCGCAGCUUUGUCCAAGUCCUCUCUGCGUCUCUUCUCAGCUACCAGGUUUAAUAAGUUCAUGACUCUAACGAUCAAAAAGCUCUUGUUCGUACUGCUCCUUGUUCUAAGACUGAUAUUCCAGGAUUGAGGUAAAUUUAGUUUGAGUGAAAUGAAUGAAUAACUUAGUUUAAAAUUAAUCUAAUAUUUUCUUUCUUGUAAAUUUUCCACUUUAUUACCUAAAAAAAGUGAAUUUUUUCCUCAAUUUUUUUGUUUUUUCACAAAUUUUCUACUUUAUUCUCACAAAUUUAUAACAUAUUUCUUUUAUUCUUGUUUUGUGUGCAGUGGCCUCGAUAUGCGAUCAAACUUAAACACUAGAUUGAAUUUUCCCAGCUUUUAUUAAUCCCUCUUUCUCUUCCUUGUAAUUUCGUGCAGAUUGAGUCCUCAGCUGUCCCAGGAGGUGAUGCUGGAUGAGGUGAGCGACGCCGUCCUGGUGGACAUGCUGUGGGAAACUCAGAUGUACCUGUAUGAGAAGAGGGAAAACCUCCAAUCUCUAGCAAAACUGUUACUGGACAACUGAAAGGACUGGAAAAACCUCACCGGGACAAUGAAGGAAAGCAGACGGCGUGGAGGACGUGAGCGCGGAGAGGAGCUGAAGAUGAGACGCAAAGAUUAGAAAGCCAUGUGUUUGUAAAAGGCUGUGACGUUAGUGUUGGUGUGCGCUCUUUCCUAAGAUUAUUUAAAGCAACGUGACGACAAUAACCGUCAUAUUUAUGCUAACAUGACGUGGAAAAAGACCGGACAGGUUCUGUAGCGUCGUAUGACCUUAUCACUGACUUAAUCACUGUCGUCGUUCUGUACGUUAGAUGUCGUUUAUAAACCACUUGGAGUAAAAUUUAAACAAAGACAGAAACAGUUUCAUCCUCAUUCAACUAAAAUUAUCACAGAUUAACUCUCAAUCCAACUUCCUCGAGUCUGUUAGCGACAGACUCUCAACCAGCUCAUCUGUUCACGCCGGUAUUCUCUGUCAGGACGAGGACUCUAACAUCUACUGCAGUGGAUGAUUAAUGACAGACCAUGCUGCCUUAUAUAUCCGGGACCCAAAUCUGUACCUCCUGUUUACUCUUCACAUCUGUCCGCGCCUUUACUGUCAACGUUAUUUAUGCUUAAUUUUAGGGCAGUAUUCGAUCCAGCACAUAACCUGCUUGCACACUUGACGAUGUACGACCUCUCUGUCUUUUUACGUCGGGUUUGUUUAUUUUUACAUGUGAAGUUAAAACUGGACUUGAAUGAAGACUUGAACUGUUUACUUGAAAGACACUGAAAUAAUGAGUUCCUCUUAUACUUGCACAACAUAAACUGGAGGUUUAAAAUCGUUUCCUAUGUUUUUUUUUUUGUAUUUGGAUUAAUUAUUAAAGUGUGAACAAUUAUGACAAUAAAAUAUAUUAAUGUGGAUUAACAUCAGAAUAAA